CCGACGGAUGCCCCGGCAGGGCCCGUCCAUGGAUGCCAGCAAGAAGGUGGAUCUGAAGAUAAUCAUAAUUGGAGCUCUGGGCGUGGGCAAAACCUCCCUCCUGCACCAGUACGUGCACAAGACGUUUUACGAGGAUUAUCGCACCACGCUGGGCGCCAGCAUCCUGACCAAGGUCCUGGCGGUGGACAACACCCCCCUGAAGCUGCAGAUCUGGGACACGGGGGGACAGGAGCGAUUCCGGUCCAUGGUGUCGACCUUUUACAAGGGCUCGGAUGGCUGCAUGCUGGCCUUUGAUGUGACAGACAGGGAGUCCUUUGAGGCCCUGGACAACUGGAGAGAUGACUUCCUGGAGAAGGUCAUUCCAAGGGAGCAGGAUUUCCCCAUGGUCGUGCUGGGGAACAAAAUAGACCUCUGUGAUCGGCAGGUACCCAAGGAAACUGCCUCAGCCUGGUGCAAGGAGAAGGACAUCCCUUAUUUUGAAGUCAGUGCCAAGAACAACAUCAACGUGGCAGAGGCUUUCGAGACCCUCGCGAAGCAGGCGCUAACGACGUACAAAGGGAUUUUUGAGAGUUAUUUAACUGACUCCAUCAAACUCACUCCCUAUGACAAGCCCAAGAAGAGCUGCUGCUGACCCCGGGCACUGCCCACACUGGACCCCACAAUGCCCACGGCUGGAGCCCCCCCCAGGGGUCUGUGCCCCGUGCCCAUCCCAGGGACUGUCCAAGCCAGGGCACAGCAGGACCAGCCCUGGACACACCGGGACCAGCUCACUGUGCACCCCAGGACUUGCUGCUUCCCACGGCUCUCCUGAACCAGAAAAUCCCAAAUUGCUGCUGUGUCACAGUGGCCUCGUCCCCCUGGAUCCUCUGUCAUCUGGCACUCGAGCAGGCAAUGCCCCUGUGGUGAUGGUGCCAGUGGUGACAGUGCCAGUG